AUGACCAUGUGUUCGUUUGCCAGAGGUCAUUUCAAAGCUAUGUUAGAAGUGUGUGUUAAGUGUGUGAGUAUGUGCGUUUGUUUUUCUCUCGGCGUCUCUGCCAGGCUCCGGAAGAGCAGGGUCUAGCUGGAGAUGGUCAGUGUGGGUGUGGCCUUACAGUAAAUUGCAGUGUUAGGAGGAGGGGCGUAGGAGAGAAGGGGAGGGUUUGACAGCAGGGUUCCACAACAAGCCGUGGUAUUUGAGCUCGGUGCUGUAGCAUUCUGCAUCCGCUGGCUGGCCAACGUCCCGGCACAGAUUCGCCUGGAGAGAGUGGGGGGAGGAAAUGAGCGAGGGAGCUUCUGAAAGGUUGAACAUUCUAUAUUGAUGUGUAGAAGAAAGACAGGGCUUGUUGGAGAAAAGACAGGAGGAGUUUGGAGAAAAGUGCAAGUACAAGGAUUCACUCUGCUUCCCAAGUGUCUACGGUCAUUGGGCUUUUUUUAGGGUGUUAUUUUUACCACCAGGACUGCGUACCUACACCUCGGCCCAGAGGCUUGCAGCUGCUAGUACGCUAGUGUGUUAGGUUUUUUGUUUCUUUGUGUGGACAUGGCCAUGGCCGAGACGAACAUCAAAUUGGGUCGCGUGGCUCUUAGCGAAAUCUCUGACGACGACGACGAGGUCGUUUUGGUCACAGCGGCGGCCAAACCUUCAGUAACUACUCCGGCCUCCAACCACAAACAUAUAGACGACGAUAAGGAUGAUGACGAAGACGAUGAACUGUCCAGAGAAGUGGAUCUGAAGCUGGGACUGGACAACAGUGACUCCCAGAAAUCAGAGGCUCAAGCGACAGGCAUGAUGGUCCUAUCUCUCUUGGACAAGAUCAUCGGCAUUGUGGAUCAGAUCCAGCAGACGCAGAACGGCCUGGAGUCCCGGCAGGAGAGCAUGGAGAAGAACAUGACCAGCAUCCAGAGCGAGCUGAGCAAGCUAGCCAAGAGCCAGGGCGGCACAGCCGGCACGAUCACCAAGCUCCUGGAGAAGGUGCGCAAGGUCAACGUCAACGUGAAGAGCGUACGGACCGACCUGGAGAGGCAGGCGGGUCAGAUUAAGAAGCUGGAGAACAACGAGCAGGAGCUGCUCAAGAGGAAGAAUUUCAAAGUGCUCAUCUUCCAGGAUAAAGAAAAGGCAGUGAAGACCACUAAGAAGCCCGAGGCGGCAGCAAGCGAGGAGGGUGAACACGUGCUGAGCGAGGGAGAAGAACCAAAAGGCACGGAUGAAGUGGUCGAGAUCGAGGAAACCGUGGAGGAAUCGCGGGUGGCGCGCAUCAAGCGCAGCGGCCUGCAGCGUGUGGACGAAAUCAAGAAGGCCUUCAGCAAGGAACAGAUGGAAAAGACCAAGAAGCGAACCAAAGAGAACCUAGAGAAAACCCGUCAGAGAACCAAGGAGAACCUGGAGAAGACGCGCGUGAGGACCCGCGAGAACUUCCAGAAGACCAAGCUGAGCCUCGGGAAGAAGAUGGGCAAGAUAGGAACGAAGAUCAGACCCAACAAGGAACGCAAAGAGAAGAUUCGCAUGUCUCGUGAAAAGAUGAAGAAGUCGCUCAAAUCCGACAACAAGGUCUACGCCCGCUCGAAGAUCACCUCUUAUCGAGUGCCGCCAUUCACCUUCUACGUCAAGAAGAUCCGCGAGGGUGAGGAGGAGCCGGAGCCUGAAGCCGAGCCUGACGACGAAGCUGAAGAGCAGCAAGUAGAGGACAAGGAGGACAUAGAGGUGAAGGACGCCGAGCUGGUGAAUCUGAGCAGCCCUGAAGAGGUUCUCCUCGAGGCAGCUGGACAUUCGCAACUCGUAAUCCAGGAUUCGGUGCAGCCACGGGAGAAAGCAAGUCAGUGAAGCCAACGCAGGAGCCCCUCGUCUGGAAAACGAAUUAACCAUGUGAGGAAGUCUGGAGCUGGAAAUGAAGGCUACGUGAAUGUAUACACAGAUGAGACAGCGACGAGUAAAAAUGAACGGAUGAUGACAAGGCACAAAAGCAUGUUGGAUUGAGGAACAAACUCAUUUACGUUAAGCUUUUUAUUAUUAUUAUUAUUAUUAUUAUUAUUAUUAUUAUUUUUAAUAUCACCUCCAGGCAGUUGUUUCUAAUUGCAAUCUCCACACGUUCGAGUUUUAAUACCCUUGAUUCAACUCACGAGAGGUGAUAAUUAGCUGGUGACUUGUAGCAAGCGUACCACGGUGCUUUCACAUCUUUCCUUUUUAGCCUGGUAGUCCGUGUAAGAGCGAAAUUGACACUUUCGCUUCAGUUAACGGUUUGAUUUCACACUGCACAUAAUUAAAGAACCCAAAAGCAAAAAAAAAAGAAAGGGGGGGUAGGAUUGAAGACCUAUUUGUAAAAUGUCUUUAUUUAUUGGUCGGAAAUACAACGAUGGUAAAACAAACCUUUGUCAAGUUCCUGUAGAAGGCGGAGCCAGCGCUAAAUAAAUGAUUAGAUAAUUAUAUAAUAUAAAUUAGUUAUUCAGUGGGGGUUUUUGUUGUUGUUUUUUUUGCAGCACACGUUACAUUACGGCAUUUAGCAGACGCCCUUAUCCAAGGCAACUUAAAAUUAUCUCAUUUAUACAACCGAGCAGUUGAGGGUUAAGGGCCUUGCUCAUGGGCCCAACAGUGGUAGCUUGUCAGUGCUGGGAUUUAAACCCACAACCUUCUGAUCAGCCGUCCACCAUCUUAACCGCUGCGCUACCCUCCCGUUUCCUGUGCAACAAACAACCUCACAUUUUCACAGCUCUACAGCUUCACCAUUUGGCUCAGCUUGUGCCUUGUGGCUCAGUUUAGCCGCUACAACAUAAAAUACACAGCUUUCAGAGUCAAAUCGGAAUUCACGAGUUCACUCGGACACUCUCUGACCGGUUAUUUCGGUCCAAUCCGAGUGCUCAUGCUAUGCUCUUACCUACACAAACAAAACGCACCGAUGCUUCGAUCCAACUGGUUCGGACGCUACAUACGUGAAAGCACCCUACGAGUCUCGCGUCCUUAAAGACUGCAGUUAGAAACGGCUGCCCAGGACGGUUGUAAUUUCAGACUUUGACAAGCAUUCGCAAGAGGUUGACAUGGACGUCAGGCUUGAGAAUCGAUUUGGGCAUGGAUAUAUCAUAAUUCUGCUUGUAUUCGCGAACUAAACUGACUAAUGUGAUCUUUAGCCAACAUAAAUAAGCUAAGAAAAGAGUAUUUUAAUCCUAGCUGCGUUCCAGAUUAACCAUAACCCUAAUGCCUGUCGUUUGGUUAGUGAAAGUAAGUUAACGUAUCGUUUUCUGUCGUGCAGGUUAACACUCUCGAGUUUAAUCCCACCGGAAGAGUAGAGUUAGAAAGGGAAUUUUUAAAUCCUAGAAUGAAAAUGGCAAAAGAAGAAUGAAAGAAUACAGAUGAAUAACUAAGUCUAUUACUUCUUAAAAUGUUUUGUUGUUGUUGUUUUUUUUUGUUUGUUUUUUUUUUUGGACAGCCAAUGGGCCUCAUUCAUCAAAGUUGCGCGUCCCACGAACACGAUCCGACAAAAUGAAGCACAUUCCAAGUCUGAUUCAUGAUCUGUUUGUUUUUAGCCACGUGGAAAUCUUCAUGAAUUGCACUUGAUCGUUAAUUGCAUGUGUGUUCCAGUCAUUUGUUAGCAUAAUUAAUCUCCCAUAAUGUGUGUGUGUGUGUGUGUGGGUGUGGAAUUAACACACCAGAACAUGAUGCCACUCAAAGAUAGGGGAAAAAAAAACCCCAACAAAUUAAAUACGAAAAUACAUCUACACGAUUUCCCAUUUACCCCGAAUACCAAGACGUGUUUGAUGCCUCUUCAGAUUUCCAUUAAAGCGACAAUGCUAACGUUAAGAAGUAAGGAAAGCUUGUAGCUAGCACUUUAGGGCAGUCCACACUCUUGGCCAAAAUACAUUUGGCUGACUUACUUCUUAGUGAAAUUAACCUCAUAGAUCAAGUGGAAAAACUAAAGGAGCAAGCUUUGGACACCAAACACGUCUUGGAUGAUCGACUACAUUUAGGAGACAUGUGCGAUACAUCCUUUAAGUAAAUGUUUAUUUAAGCAGCCAAGUGGAGUCACAGGCACAAGCAAAACAAGACCAUGGGGGAAGGGUGUGUGUGUGUGUGUGUGUGUAUGUGUCACCCAGCCACUCAUAAUUCAAUUCAAUUCGAUUUUAUUUGUAUAGCGCUUUUAACAACGAACAUUGUCUCAAAGCAGCUUUACAGAAACAUAUAAACACAGGAUAGAGAUUUUAAGUGUGUGAAUUUAUCCCUAUUGAGCGAGCCGGUGGUGACGGUGGCGAGGAAAAAUUCCCUGAGAUGAUAUGAGGAAGAAACCUUGAGAGGAACCAGACUCAGAAGGGAACCCGUCCUCAUCUGGGUAACACCGGAUAGUGUGAAAGUAAAGUGAAGUUCGUUAUGGUUUUUAUAUGAAGUCUGUUUGUUGAACUAAUCCACUGUUCACUAAAGGAGACCUGAGUGCAAAAUUGUAUGUAGGAAUUGCAGUCCCAAGACCAUCGCAGCAACCGUAGUUCCAGCAACCACAGCGAGAAUGUCCACGUGGAAUUGAUGUACAAAAGCAUUUCCAUGGUACUUCAAGCGGUACCAUCAUCUGCAAUCUCCAGGCUGUACUGCUUGGGGUCGUCCUCAGUAGCAGAAUGAAGUCUCCAGUUGAUGAGAGCUCCAUCCAGAUGUAGGGCAUCAGGAUGGAUCAGGCAGGUCCGGAGAGCAGAAAGGGUCAGGAUCAUGUGUAUCUCAACAGAAGGAUAGACGGAGGUAAAUAGAGGGAGGGAUUGUUAGGUAUGCUUAAAUCUCUAAUGUUUAUAUGUUUUAUAUUAACGGUCUCUAACCUGACAUUAUUUAACACAUUAAUUAACACAAACCGUAUCCUUACACAAUACAUUACAUAAACAACAAUACAUAACUAACACUUACAUUAAAUGAUGUUGGGGUUUUUUUUCAAUAAUGAACCAACUAAGAUGAUUACUCAACAGUGCAUAUCGUCCCUGAGUAAAAUCGGGACUACAAUCAGCAUCAUGAACAUAUUAAUGAAGCAAGUUUUGUGCCUGGAGACCAAAGAUCAAGUUCUCAACAUUUAGGAAGAUGAUGCGAUUUAUGUGGACACCUGACCAUCACACCCAUAUGUGGUCUUCCCCCAAAACAUGAACCACACAAUUGUAUAGAAUGUCUCUGUAUGCUGUAGUAUUACAAUUUCAAGUGCAUGAAGACAUGGUUUGGCAAAAAAAAAAAAAAAACAACCUCAAGUGUCCCGCACAGAGCCCUGAACUCAACCCGAUUGCACACCUUUGGGAUGAACUGGAACGCUGACUACCCCAGGCUUCCUCAUCCAUCAGUACCUGACCUGACUAUUGUUCUUGUAGCUGAAUGAACACAGAUCCCCACAGCCUCGCUCCAGAAUCUAGUGGAAAGCCUUCCCGAAAGAGUGAAGGUUAUUAUUACAGCAAGGAGGGGGAGGGGGGACUAUACCUGGAAAGGGAUGUUCAACAAACGCACUUUUGACCAUAUCGUGUGUGUUAACUUAUUGUGAAAUUGUUAACAUGCCAACAUUUACGGUUUAGCUAUAGCAUUUACGGUUUUGACUUUAGCAAUUGCUCUAGCAAUAUACAGCUAAACGCAGCAGUCAGGCCAAACGGCAAUAAAAAAAAACAUCACCCUGUGGAAAAACCAAUUCACUGAAGGGGAAAGGGACGGAAAGUAGUCCACAUCGCUCAAUUUGUUUUGCAACAACUUUUAACUGUAAAUUCGCAAAGCCUAAGAUUUGUGAACCAAUCGAAAACGAGGGCAGGACUGCUGUCGGUAGAAUGAUCUGGUUGUUGUUGUUUAUGCUGUUAGCAUGGAACCACCAACCUGUGGUGUUUUUUAUUUGGGGUUUUGUGGUAAAAUUCUGGGGUUUUUUUUUUUUUUUUUUUUUUUUUUUUUUUUUGCAUGCUAGGAUUUUUCUUGCUAGUCUUUCUCGCAUGUUAGUAGCUCUGCUACGGGUUUAUUAACACUGAAGUUCAUGGUGUAUUAAUGUUAACUAAUGCGGUAAAUAAUGUUAAUUAAGGGAACCUUAAUGUACAGUGUUACAAAAUUAAGGUCAAAAUCCAGGUGCAUGGUUGAUAAAUGAGGCCCACUGACAUGAAACUGACACCUUCAGUGCUUAAACAGAUGCCGGAGUUGUGGGGUGUCGAUGUACAUUCGGCUAGUUUUUUUUUUCAGCGAGAGCCGCUUUAAUUCGUGGCUUUGGGAAACAUCGGAAGCAUGCUUAGUGCUGCAGUGUUUAUCCUGUACAUAAUAUAACCAAGCUUGUCAUGAUUUCUGUACAUAUGAUACAUAAGCACAGAUUCAGUAUUAAUGUAGGAACUUUUCUUACCAUGAUAUAUUCAAAGAUUUACUCUGAUAGAAUGUCUCUGUCCUGCUUCAGAUCUGAAAGAAGGAAUGCAUAUUUUUAACAAAUUGUAUAUGUGCAAGAGCGUAUACAGUAUGAACCAUUUUUAUAUGCAUGACAGCAAUUACAGUAUAUACUGUUAUAUUUGUUAUUCAUAACUAUAAAUGGCACCGUGCGCACGUGUUAUAACAGCUUGAUAGCUUGAUAUUUUGCAGGUCUUUCUUUCUUUUUUUCUUUUUUUUUCUUUUCUGCUAAAGGGAGAAACCGGGACACAACUGACUGAAGUUUGGCCUCAAACUAUUGGUCAGGUUUUUGUUUAUUUCCUGUCUGUCUGCCAUGAGGAUUGUUACGGUAAAAGCUCCAACUCUAAUCAGCUCCAAGUUCACUCUGUUUUUAUCCAUGGCUUCUAGAUGUUUGGGGGGGGUUUUUUUGUUUGUUUGUUUGUUUGUUUGUUGUUGUUUUUUUUGCUGGAAGAUGUGUAAGAUGCUUUGCAUAAGGAAAUAUAUAUAUAUUUUUUGCUGAGGUGAGAUAUUGUGGGAAUGAAAAUAAAGAAAUGACCACUGGACAGAAACGUCUGGCGCACUUGGUUUCUCUUUCGAUCUAUCGAGUUCGAGUCAUCAUACCACUUUUACUCAUGCACUUCUCUCUCCCUCCCCCUUAUUCCUGUUCCCUUCUAAGGAACUUGUUCCUGAUGCAAUCUCACACACACACACACACACGCAGACACACACACACAGACAGACAGACAGACAGACAGACAGACAGAGGCAUAUGA